AUGAAUUUUUUCCUUAGCACUGGAAAUGGCGUCAAUGGCUUCACACUCGACCCAUCUAUUGGGGAGUUUAUAUUAACUCACCCAGAUAUCAAGGUUCCAAAGAAAGGAAAGAUCUAUUCAACAAAUAAAGGAAAUGCCCAGUAUUGGGAUGAACCAACCACAAAGUAUGUUGAAAAUAGCAAGUUCCCUAAGGAUGGUUCAUCACCAAAGUCCCUAAGAUACAUUGGAAGGUAUACAGUUUUUUGGCAUUACAAGUUUUUAUCACCAUGUCAGCAUUGCAAUCUUGUGUCACAUCUCCUUGUCUUUGUUACUUGGUUUCCCGACCUCAACAUAAUAGUCUUAAAUGAAUUCUAUCGCAUGAGGAACUUUUUCUUCUUUUUUCUUUUCCUUUUCCUUUUGCUAUUUCUUAUUCUUUUUUUCUUUUCUUUUUUUUCUUUCUUUUUCCCCCCGGACCAUAUCAAACUAGUAAACUUUCCACAUUUUAUGGGACUUGUAAACUUGUAA